AUGGAUCUCUCUCAUCUGAGCCGACCGUCUAUACUUUGUCAGUGUGCCCGGUGUUCGAGCUCGGUGGCAGCAUGCGAGAACGAGUGGGCGAAGCUAUCCGACACCUACUCGACAUUAACAGGAUGGGUCAGCAUUGACAUGAACCGAAUCAAUGUUUCCCCCGAGAAGAAACAAAUCCCGCACUCGUCCGAACUGGAAUUUGUCCGCGGUCGCACGGUUCAGGACAUUGUGUGCAGACUCUGUCGCCAGAAACUCGGUGGUUUAGUCCACCUAGAGACAGAAGCAAAGGUGUUCUGGAAAUUAUCCAAAGUGUCCUUUAGGGAGAUCAUAACAAUGAAAGAGUCGCAUCCAUUAUUCGUUGGGGGCUCAUUAUCGUGGCUUCUGGAAGCAGUCGAACAACCUGUCGCACAGACCGACGCAGAAGGCAGCCCUUCCUUUUCCACGGGUCGUCGUGAAACUGCGCUCAGUCAGACUUUAUUAAAUCAAGGUGCCAGUCUGAGCAGAAUCUCAAGCUCUGUUGAGGAGUUGCACGAUACCAUGUCCGACCUCAAACAGUCAUUCAAAGCUCUCAGGCUAGAGUUGAAUACUACAACACCCUCGACUCGCAGUCAAGAGUAUCACGGUGAUGAGGCCAUGGAUAUGCUUAGGACAGUAUUGAAGGAGCUACAAUCGAAAUCAGACGAGAUUGAGAAACUCAAGCUGGAGAAUGAUUCAUUGAAAUGGAGGAACAAGUGUCUUCAAGAACAUCAAGCGGGUACCAACACCUUGGGUCCGCAAGUCCCAGAACUAAAGGCUCUUCCUCAAGUCCAGAGUCCGGCCUUCUUGGCUGAAGCUGGAACAAGCGGUUUGCCGGUUGCCGCCACGCAAAUUCCAAUCGCGGAUACAUUCGAAGAAGACAACGAAAUCAUGGACCAUACAACGGAUCAUGAGAUAAAUCCAUCUUCAAUGGCUCCUGUCAAGGUACCUCUCAAGCCGGCUGCGAAUAAUCCCCCAGCGUCUCCAGCAGUCGCAGCACAAGAACAAGUCCCAGGUCCUGGAUUUGUGUCUAGGUCUCGAAGAGGCUCUGGAGAACCCGCUACGAAACGACUAAGACUUACCAGGACCGAAGAGAUAGAGAGUCCCACCAGUGGGAGCGGCGCUAGUACCAGCCAACCCGUCAAGGAGAGGAAGAGAGGGAGGCCUUUGGGUCGGCGGAAAUCUCAACAGGCGCUUCCGACCGAGGAGCCUCGUACCCCAUCGACUGAGCAGGCAUUGUCGAACACGAACGGAGCUGACACAGGCACAGAGGAUAACCAGUCCAAAGCGGCGGACGCGGCCACUACAUCUGAAAAUCCGCGCCCUAGGGGAAGACCACGCCGGGCUAGAUCCAGGGCUUCUCCGUCGGGGUCUACGUCGCAGGCGACUUCAAGGGCGCCGUCAGCCUCAUCGAGAGUAACCCGACGCGCGAGAAAAUCUCAAGAGGCAGCUAAGUCACGAGACAAUUUAACGGUCCAAAACCCAAGCCGGCCGGCCGGAUUUGAGGUGGCUGUGAAUGUAGCGGAGCUGACUCCUGAAAGCGUCGUCAAUGAGCACGAACUCAUCACACAGAAGGGUAAUCAGAACUUGGGACCGGAACCUGACGACGAAAGCCUACAAUAUCAAGCCAAGCUUGCCGCUAGAGAUUUGUUAGCAAAGACAGCGAUGGAGAGGGAAGAAGCGAUGGAUGACGGAUAG